AUGGUAUUGAAGGUUGGAGUCAUCGGCGCAGGCAUUGGUGGCCUGAGUGUCGCCAUUGCUCUUCGACGAACAGGAGCUCAAGUUGAGGUCUUUGAAAGGUCCAACUUCAAGGAUGAAAUAGGCGCUGCCAUCACCAUCACCCCAAAUGGAAUGCGCGUCCUUCGACACUUCGGGUUUGAUCCCAAGACAGCGCGUGGUGUGCAGAAUAAGCAGAUGCGUAUGGUAGACCCGCAGACUCUUGAGGAUCUUGUCGUCGAAGACUUUAGUCACGUUGAGGAUGACUACGGUGCGCCGUUUGCGUUCUUCCAUCGAGUGGAUCUUCACACAGCGCUAAAGGAGAUGGCUCUGUCGAGUGACGAGCGAUAUUCAGGUCCACCAGUGGUGAUUCAUAAUGGACAUUCUGUCUCCAGCCUUGACUGUGAGAAUGCUACGAUUGUGUUGGACAAUGGACAGACUUUUCAGAAAGAUCUCGUAGUUGUUGCUGACGGCGUUCGAGACCAAGACCCAGGAUUCUGGGUCCCCUUUGACCUACCUACUGGGACGUUCCUCGUUACAUAUCCCUGCCGCGAUGGGAAGAUGCUCAACGUUGCUUUUCGCCACAAGACUAAAGCGGAGAAUGAGCAUGCAGUCGAUUGGAACACUGACACGAAUGUUCAAGACAUCACUGCCAUGGUCGGGGGAUUCAAUCCGCUGGUGGCCAGGUUGUUCAGUUUGUCGACAAGCGUUUCUGUUCAUAAGCUAUUCCGUAGGGAGCCACUCGAGACGUACACACGGGCGAGAGCGGUCAUAAUCGGUGAUGCUGCACAUCCCAUACAGCCAACGCACGCACAAGGCGCAGUUCUCGCGAUUGAGGAGGCAGCAGCACUAGAAGCUCUCUUCAAGGAUAUGCAGGACUCAGAGCAGAUUGCAGAGCGUUUGGGUUUAUACAAUGACAUUUUGAAGCGCCGCAUUCAUGUUACUCAACUGCUUUCUGACGCGCAGCCUGGGAUUUCUAGCGUGCUGCGGCAACGAGCUGAAGAUAUAUGGCGAGAAGGGAUCUUUCCUCCUGACGCGAUGAACUUUACGAGACCGAUUCGAGACUUCUUUUAUUCUUAUGAUGUCAUGGAAGAGGCGGAGAAGGUUUUAACACGUGCAAUAUAG